GUAAAAGGAGAAGGUGCAACUUCAAUCGAUCGCAGGAGGCAGUCGGCUCUUAUCCUUGGAUUUUAUUCAACAAAUCUCCUUUCCCUCUGGUUUCCCUUUCUUUCUCUUUUUCCCUCAUGCCUCCAUCAUUAUCCUUUAUCUCAUACGACUUUACACCCACCACAUUGGGAAUUUCACUCAUUCUUGGUGGCCUAUUCUUCUAUACAGUCGGCAAAAUGUUUGGCUUUGGCUCGGAGGAUCAGUUCGUGGUUGAGGGCAGGACCGUUGUGAUUACUGGUGGCUCGGAGGGUAUGGGUAAGGCAGUUGCCUGCCAGCUCUCGGAAAUGGGAGCGAAUGUUGUUAUCGUUGCUCGCACUGUCAAGAAACUCCAGGAGAGCAUAGAGGCUAUUAGAGGUUCUGCCGCAAACGCCAACAAGCAGAGGUUCCAUUACAUCAGUGCCGACCUCACCAAUGCUGAAGAAUGCGAGCGGAUCAUUACCGAAGUCACUGAGUGGAAUGAUGGCAUGCCCCCUGAUGUUGUGUGGUGCUGCGCUGGCUACUGCACUCCCGGGUUCUUUGUCGACACUUCAGUUCAAACCCUCCGAGGCCAAAUGGAUACCAUUUACUGGACUGCUGCCAACACAGCACAUGCGAUACUUAAAACUUGGCUUACUCCUAUUAAUCCUAGCCAGCAAAGGCCUUUGCCUCGCCGACAUCUUAUUUUCACUUGUUCUACCCUUGCUUUCGUCCCUAUUGCCGGCUAUGGCCCCUACUCCCCCGCCAAGGCUGCAAUCCGUUCCCUCUCAGAUACAUUGAGCCAGGAAAUCGAGGUCUACAAUGGCUCUCGCUUUUCAAAGGAAAGAGCCCGAGCCAUUCCUGCCGAGGUUAAGAUCCACACAAUCUUCCCCAUGGGAAUACUCAGCCCAGGAUUCGACAAUGAGCAGAUGAUGAAGCCAGGCCUCACCAAGCAACUCGAAGCUGCGGACAAACCACAGACACCAAAAGAAGUUGCAAAGAUCUCGAUCGAAGCACUUCAAAGAGGUGAAUAUCUCAUUACUACCAUGCUCGUCGGCCACAUGAUGAAAGGGACUGCUCUGGGACCUAGCCCAAGGAACUCCUGGAUCCGCGAUACUUUGACCAGCUGGAUAAGCAAUUUGGUUUUCCUGCAAGUUGUUCCCGACCUUAGAAAGCAGGCAUGGAACUGGGGUGUGAAGAAUGGAGUCCCUUCAGCGAGUACGACGACUUCGACGGGUACGACGACUUCGACGGGUACGACGACUUCAACGACUUCGGAAUAAGGCAUUGUUUCGCUGAAGAUCCUUUCUUAUUAUCCACUGUAUGGCUUAGAUACCCCUGAGUUCCUUCCUCUGUUUAUUAUUACCAGUAACUUCUUUUUAUUCCUAAAGACCCUCACCUACAGCUAAUGACAAGCGAUUAUUCGCCUUUUAUGUUUCAAGGAUCUUGUAUGUGACGAGUGUAUUAGGUACCCAUGAUGAACUACCCUGUCG